GUGACACCGCUUCGUGGCACAAGCAUUCAUUUGGAAGAGAAGAGUCCUUGGCUCUGGCCCUGGUUUGCUCCGCAUGAGCUGUGGAAAUCCACUGAAUAAGCAAAUAAUGACCGUGGAGAACCUCCUGGGUUUGGGGAAGCCCAAACUGGACCACGAUCAGGUUCAAUGUGACUUUCUGAAGCCCCCCCAAAGUACCGGGUCCAGGGACCUGCAGCGUAGGGGUAAAAACAUCCAGAUGAGAGCGAAGAACCUUUCCCAGAAAGCUGGAACAGGGAGAGGAAAAUAAUUGCUGAAGCAUCUCGCUUCAUCAGCCUCGUUAGCUCGGUGUCCUUAGCAGAAGGGGACUCCACGAGCAGGCGCUUGCCCGUGGGACCCCGCACCGCUUCAGCUGGGUGCUGCCGGGGUGUCGAGCCCCCCCGGACCCCCCAGCAGCGGCAGCGGGUGAGGCUGCUGUCACCCCAGCAGCCUGGCGGCAAACAGCCAUUGCCGUGCCACGCCGGCAGUUUCCAAAACACCCCGAAACCAACAGCGCCUUUACAUAUAUAGAGAGAUAUAUAUAGGUAGAUAUAUAUAACCACAAAAAAAGAAAGAAAAAGGGUCAGGUCCAGCUCAGACCCACGGGCGGGAGGAGCAGCACGGAAAGCGCUGCCGGCCGGGGAGGGCCCCGCUCCCCUCCUGCGCGGGCGCAGGCUGCUGCUCCCGGCAGUUGCACUUUUGCUUUGCACGUCGAGAGGGGUGGGAUCCGCUGCCGGCACCCGCGGGGUCACACCGGAGCAGCCCGCCGAGACGGCAAAGGCUGCAAAGGAGGAAGAAAAAUAGAAGAGAGGUCCUGGUCAGCAGCACAGCCAAGCCUCCUCCCAAAAGGCUGCGGGGCCACGUCGGUUGUCAAACUCCUGCGUUGAGAGAAGUGGCUGAAAUGCCACCCAAAAGGUGACAGAGGUGCAGCUCUAGUGACAAACUCUCGACUGCUUUGGCACACGACGAUGCAUUUCUCGGUGUGGAUCCCCUCCCUGUCAAUCCUGCAAGCGACUAGAGUAAGGUCUGGUAACUUCUGACAAAGAGCAUGAGCAAAGCACACGAGCAGGACUUUCAUUAACUCACCCACCCCAUAACCAAGCUCCUCCCCAGACUGGACACGAUGAUCUGGUAACCAAAGCCUCACACAUGGAUGCCAGGGCUGAACCUUUUUAUUUAAGCACCGACAACCUGGUUGCAGGACGCGAGUGAGGAACAUGUUAUCAUGCCGGGGCUGAGCACAGAUCUGGAGCACAACCAUGACAAACGGUUCAACCUGCACCGGAACAGACCUCAAGCCCUACUAUGCCAUUACGUACACUUUCAUCCUGAUCCCUGGACUGAUAGGAAACACGUUAGCUUUGUGGGUCUUUUACGGGUACAUGAAAGAGACUAAAAGGGCCGUAAUAUUUAUGAUCAAUUUAGCCAUUGCUGACCUAUCACAGGUUUUGUCCUUGCCCCUGAGGAUUUUCUACUACUUGACCGGGACGUGGGAAUUUGGAGGAGGUCUCUGCAUGCUUUGCUUCUACCUGAAGUACGUCAAUAUGUAUGCAAGCAUCUACUUCUUGGUUUGCAUCAGCGUAAGACGAUAUUUGUUUCUUAUGCACCCAUUCAAAUUCAGUGACUGCAAACGCAUCUGUGAUGUGUAUAUCAGCAUCGUUGGGUGGGUCGUGGUCUGCGUUGGCUGUUUGCCUUUCCCGCUUCUCAGACUUCACCAGGAUGCUAAAAACACCUGUUUUGUGGACCUCCCCGUAAAGGAAGUUGACCUUCCCAUCUCCAUUGCAAUGAUGACGAUAGGUGAAUUGGUGGGGUUUGUAACACCCCUACUCAUCAUCCUAUACUGCUCAUGGAAGACUAUCUUAUCACUAAAAGAACAAAAUUCUGCUUCACAUGACCUCGGAGAGAAAAAAAAGGCUUUAAAGAUGAUUCUCACCUGUGCUCUGGUAUUUCUGAUUUGCUUUGCACCGUAUCAUAUCAGCUUUCCACUAGAUUUCUUUGUCAAAACCAAAAAGAUUAAAAAUGGGUGCGUCCAGAAGGUGAUCUCGGUGUUUCACGUUGUAGCUUUGUGCCUUGCCAGCUUGAACUCCUGCGUGGACCCAGUCAUCUACUACUUUACUACAGAUGAGUUCAGGAGACGCCUUUCCAGGCAGGAUUUGCAAGACAGCAUUCAGCUCCACAACCUCAGUUACGUGAGGAAGCAUUCCAGAGAUGUGCUCAGGGAGGACGCCAUGGACUACUAGCGCUGGCCUUCCCCAAACGGUUGCCAGGACUUCAAAUGUUCACUAUAUUUUGGGGGUUGGCCCAAUUUUUUUUUCCCCAGGACACUGAGAGUGAUGACUCAGACAAGUUGACUUCAGUAAGGGUUGGAAAAAAACAAACAACCCCCCCCCAAAACCCAAACCUGACCAAAAAUAUGUUGAUUUAAUACUUCGGUUGCAAAUUUUCUCUGAAUAUAAAUAACGCCAUGUAAUCCCCAUAGGCCCUAUUUCUAAGCUGGGCAGCCAGAAGCAGGUAGCUUUGGCAGUGGGAGGAUGUGGACCCGUGGCGAGAGGUGAUGCUGUGCCCCAUUGUCACCAGUGGGGCCAUUACCCAGCCGCGUCCUGGUCACACACCCCGGCUUCAGCAAGAGGCAGCAAAGAUUUUGGGGUCUUGCUAUUUUAUUUCUGAAGCAAAAGACAAUCCAUCCGUGACUAAUUUCUACAGAGAGUGCCAAGAGCCUGCCUCAAGCCAUGUUGACCACGGAGCAAGGAGCAUAAGGUGGCCCCAAAGGACUUGUCAUUUAAAUAAUUAACCAAGCCUCCAUUUUGGGGUGUAGCAAAUGACAUACCCCCAAAUCACAAAGUCAUUGAAGCAUCCAGACACUAUUUUUCUACCAUCAGUUCCCAUUUCUGGCUUGAAAGCCUUAUGGUUUGAAGCCAUAUGGCUGCCUUGGAUUAGUUUUAACCACGGGGCCAUGCUUCAAGGGUAUUUAUUCAGGCUAGACGUCCACCAAGCCUUUCAGGCUCUCUUUUCACCAAAGAUGGGGCAGAUUAUUUCCCUUUCACUGAUAACUGACCCUGCGCCAUCACAUCUACUCUUUAUUAACAGCAGCGUGAUUAAAACACUGUCAGAAGUACCAAGCCUUUCUGAAGUUUACUGUAAUGAGAACUCACUAUAAUAAGCAGAGGCAAAGGUGCCACGCAACAGGCUACGAGAGAUUUUUAAGAAAGGCUCAAAUGUGGAUGCAUUUUUAAGAAUAAUUUCUUUACAAUCAAACAACAGAAGCUUUGGGCUUUACUGGUAUUUCAUUUGCACCUUCUUGUAAAAUUUAUUUUUCUGUGAACAUAUGAAAUGUUACAUUUUGAAAUGUAAAAAUACUGUGAUGGUAUGAGGUUUUAUUUAAUGCAAAUGUGGUUUUAUAGAUUUAAUUUAUAAAAAAAUAUAUAUUUUGUAGAAAAAUGAUGUGAAUCCCAGAGAGUGUUGGAACACAGAAAGACUUUUUUUCUUUUUGAAAACCCUUCUAUAUAAUAAAACAAUACUCCACCACCUCAUCCCUACAGGAGUCUGAGCCAGUGUGUCUGUACCUGAGUGUUGUCAGCUGAGUAAGCACUGCUAAUUCAUGGAAACCACGAAGCACAUUGUAAUUUGUUCACAGCAAUGAAAAAAUAUUUAUUUUUUUAUUUCCUAUUGUAUAUAAUAAAAAAAUCCCUUUUUAAAAAAAGUUUUAAAUAUAA